UCGUUCACAUACACUUUAUCCAUUGCCAUGGCUUCCACGUCUCGGACGCGGACCGGAAGGGGAAGGGGAAGGGGAAGGGGAAUGGGAAGUGGAUCAUCAUCAUUGCCACCACCACCGUCAACACUGCCAUUGAUCAUAGAGGAGUUCUUCAUCGUCGUCUAUGAAGACCCUUUGGUCAAGAAGGAACUCCCAAAAAAAUUUGCGGACUAUCUUGACGGCAAGGAGCCAGCUAAGGUGUAUCUGCGAGCAGCUGACUGCGGUCCUCGUCUCUGGACCGUGGAGGUCCUAUUUGACGGACAAGGCCGGAUGUACCUCGACAAGGGCUGGGAGAAAUUCGCCAUCGCGCACGGUGUGGAUUUCGGCUGGUUCGUACACUUCAAAUAUGAAGGCGAUGAUGUGCUCACAGUGAAGGUGUUUGACGGAACAAUGUGCAGGAGGUACUACUACUCAGACGACGAAGAUACUGAUGAUGAAAGCGACGACGACGUGAAGCCAUGCAUCCAUCCCCUUUAGAUAAUUAAGGGGAUCAUGACCAAGAAUAUAUAUGUAGCUUCAUAUGCAUCGAUUUAGAGAUCUAGCUAUUUUCUAUAUAUUAUGCAUGUAAAAAAUAAUAUCGCAUUUCCACUAUUAUUCGAGCACCACAUCCUCGCCGCCACUGCUAGGUCAACGCCGGGAUGCACAAUGUUUAGCAUAAAAGUCACUUUAGAUUAAGCUGCGAAAAUAGUCACCUGCCAUGGGCUGAGGCGGCCCCUACAGAGCGGC